AAACACUCCACUCCAUCUCUGCGCUCCAUUUCGUCACACGAGCGAAUCUCCAGCCAAUUACGCGCAAUGUGGAAGAUUUCAUCCAACCGCUGGAGGACGGCUGACAAUUUGGAGGGCUUUCACUUGGAAAUGCGUCCUCUGCGCGCACCUGGAAGCACCGGAGACAUGGCGGGGAAACAGACUGCUGCCACUUUUCAUUUAUGAUACUCAGACGAGGGGUUUUCUUGAUUUUUCCUGUGAUGGGGAGAAGCGCGCAGGGCUGCGCUGCUGUGAUCCUGCUGGCCAUCGUGUGCUCCUGCCGUGCUGCCACACUGGAGUCUAUCCUGUGGAGCAGCUCCAACACUAAAUUUAAAGCUGGAAAGGGACUGGUGCUCUUCCCUCAGAUAGGGGAUAAGAUGGACAUUGUGUGUCCCCGGGCAGAUGGCUCUCCUGGGGGAAAGGAGGAGUUCUACAAAGUCUACCUGGUCUCUCGAAGUCAGAUGGAGAGCUGCACGAUUGAAAAGAUGGACACCCCGCUACUGAACUGUGACAAGCCUUACCGGGACGUGAAAUUCACGUUCAAGUUUCAGGAAUUCAGCCCCAACCUCUGGGGACUGGAGUUCCUAAAGGGAAGGGAUUAUUACAUCACCUCCACAUCUACAGGCUUUCUGAGAGGUCUGGAUAAUACCAACGGAGGGGUGUGUGGGAACAAAUCAAUGAAGCUGGUGUUAAGAGUCGGCCAAAAUUCUUCCGAUCCACCAUCCACGCUUCAGGAGUCUCCAACGAGAUAUCCACCCACACCGCCCAAGUCCAAGGCCAAGGAUGCCUCCGUGAAAGAAAAGAACAUAAGAAAUUUGGACCUGGACACAGGGCAAACAAAGCCUGGUGGGAUCAGCAGCUCCAGGGCAGGACUCUUUAUUUGGAUCGUCUCCGGCUGUGUCACGCUUCUUCUGGUUAUCGCCGUUCUGCUGGUUGUGAUGUGGAAGUACCACCAGCACCGCCGUGUUCCUGACAGGCAGCAGCAGCAGCAGGCCUCCUUGUCCCUCAACACUCUGGCUGUGCCGAAGCGGGACAGCAUCAGCAGUGACAACAUUGGCUCAGACCGAAGCGACAUCGUCUUUCCUCUGCGGGCCUCUGAAAGCAUGAUCUGCCGUCACUAUGAGCGUGUGAGCGGUGAAUACGCGCCCCCUGUGUACAUAGUCCAGGAGAUAAUGCCCCACAGCCCCACCAACGUCUACUACAAAGUCUAACGUCGGAUGUGUUUGGUGGCAAUCAUUCACUAAAUAUGUGGAAGAAACUGUGGACUUCCAUGGCUACACCUGCUAACUGUAGGACGCCGACAUGAAAGCAGUGUUUCCCUGUCAGCUUACCACUCUUCAGGGGCUUCACAUGAAGUUUCAUAUUCCAAAAAAGAAGAGACAGUUCAAGAGAAAAUGUGAACAGUCAGUUUGAAUCUCACAUGACUUGCAGAGAGCAGCAGUUAUUUAUUUAAAAUGCAUUUAUUUAUUUUUGACGGUACCAUAUGUGGCAAUUGAGUGUUUUAUUUAAUUUAUUGUUAAAGGAGGGAUAAGCAUGACAGAUUUUCCAUGUUGGCAUUCUGUUCACACUAAAAAAAAUACUGCAAGUAAAUAAAAAAAGCCAUUUCAAUUGUUUGUAUUAAAGAAGAAUCUAUCAAGGGGCCCAAAAUCUGUCCCUCUUCUUGCUGCAGCUUGAGUCUACAGAA